AUGACUCUGGCUAAGAAAGCUGAUCUAGGUCGAAAUUCCCAAAAUAUAGAAGUGCAGAGAAUUCUGAUACUUAUGACGGGCUUUUGGCAAUCCAUUCUGGCCUUCAUUAAUUUCGGGGUCAAUGACAAUUGGACUCACAAGACUGUACGAAAUAUCAUCAUAAUAGACAUGUCAGCUUCCUCCUCAGAACCCACGAGAAUACGGAAAUGGGCCCCGAAGAGAUCAGGAGGUUGCAGGACUUGCAAAUCCCGCCAUGUUCGCUGCGACAACUUAAUACCACGAUGCACACCCUGCAAAAAGAGUUCAAGACAAUGCGAAUAUUCUCCUGAUCUGGAUCCAAACCCCCUGAAGGUCGUUCUAUACGAACCUAGCUCCGCCAGACAGAUAUCUCCACAUCCUGGCCACACCAGUGACGAACUACGUGCUUUCAACUUCUUUUGGACAAAGGUGGCUGUCGGCCUUGGUGGAUUCUUUGAAUCGGGCUUUUGGACUCGGGAUGUGCUUCGAGUUGCAGAACAAGAAGAUUCUGUUUGGCACGCUAUCGUAGCGCUUUCGUCUUUAUCGGAAACUCUUCUAGAAGCUGAGGAAAGUUCUCCAAAACCUUUCGCCAUUCAACAAUACACCCAGGCGGUAUCUGGGUUGAAGAAAACCAUGAAAGAUGCUUCUGCAGAAGUGGCGCUGGUUACUUGCGCAGUGCUUGUCUGCAUUGAGAUGCUUCAGAACAACUAUGAAUCAGCACUGAGCCAGAUGUCGAGCGCUGUCUUCCUAUUUUUCAACUCUCAGUCGAGUGGGAAUGACAUACAACUGGGACCUACGUUUGAUAGAAUGAUGAUACAGACGAUCUUGUUUGUUGAUACCAAGCCUGAAGAAUGGAAGUUUAUCAAUCCGGCUUUCACUCCUGUGCUUCCAUCAAUACCGUCUAUCUUUGGAUCUAUCGAGGAAGCGAGAGAUUGUCUUGAUAGUUGUAUGUGCUCGCUGUAUCACAGAACAAUAACUUCUCAGUUCCAAGGCUUAGCCGAACCACAAAUCCUCGAGGACUCCAUGGAUUCGACAUUUAGGUUCGGCUCAAACCCGCUCAAUGAAUGGCUGCAUUCAUUCAACUCUUUCAAAGCAACCGCUGAGGGUCAAUUCUCCCCAGGAGAUGAGAAAGCCCUGGUCCUCCUAGAUAUCUGGCACACAACAGCCUCGAUUCUCGCCGCUUUCAUUCCUUUAAGCUCAGAAGCCUUCUUCGAUGCCUAUGAGUCUUCUUUCAUUCACAUUAUGACCUCAGCAUCCUAUCUUUUUACUUUCGAAUCAGAACCGUCACCACUCCCUUCCUUCGACAUUGGCAUCCUUCCAUCGCUCUAUUUCGUGGUCUCAAGGUGUCGACAUCCCAUUCUUCGAAGACAGGCCCUCGACCUUUUAAGAAGAGGACCAAAACAAGAAGGUGUUUGGCACCGGGAUAUGUUAGCGAGUAUUGCAGAGAGGAUCGUUGCGUUAGAGGAGAGGGGUGUAGAGAAUGUACGGGGAUUAGGGGAUAUUCCAAUGGCAGCUAGGAUAACUGUGAUUAAUGCCAAAAUCUGCAAAGGGGAGAGGAGGGUAUUGUUGCACUGUUGUCGGCAGCAAACUGAACUGGAAAAAGGAAUUGAAGUUCUGCAUGAAGUUGCGGAUUACUGA